UUAGAACAAAAUUGUGUUGUUUGUUAAUUAAAUACCUAGAAACUGUCCAAAUGCAAGACAGAAUGUAAAUUAAGCCUAUUUGUGUCUCUCUGUGCGAGUGUUUUUGUAUGUAAAAUACAGAUCUAGUACGUUUUAACAGCAAGAGUGGGGGCGCGUCAAAAGAAACGAGUAAAAGAAAAGAUGAUAAACUGCACAUAUCUUUAACUGAAAAGCAAGAAAUACGCUUACUAAAAACAUUGCAAACAAUAUCUUAUGAUGUUGCAGUAUAAAAACACGACCAACGCCGUUGGUGUGACAAGCAACGCACAGUCGGUUACGCCCACCGCUGUUAAGACAGUCCAGACGUCGAACGCUUCUCCAACAGCUCCGCAAAUCAUAAACAUCCAUCAAAUGCCGCAAUUUGUGCAAGCGGCAGGUGGCGCUUCCGCCAACACCAUGCCACAUAACAUGUUCCAGAUUGUACAACCUAUGCAGACCGUAAACAUAGACGGACAGGAGGCAAUCUUUAUACCGAAUUUAAAUGCUCAACUUGCUACUGCUGCCCAACCGGUUAAUAUAAAUGGACAACAGGCCUUCAUUACGCCCAAUGGGCAAAUUGUUCGUGCUCCACAGUCAGCACCCCCUACAGCUCUACAAUUGCAGCAGGCGACUUCCGCCCAGUUGAUCAACGGACUAGGUCAAGCAGUGCAGCUACCAGGCUCUCACGACGCGCAGACGACUCUUUUUACUAUACCUGGCACCAAUAUUCAAAUACCAUUGGCUAAUGUGGCCAAUAUUGUGCAGCAGCAGCAACAUCAGCAACAGCCCCAAUCGCAAACGAUAUCUAUGCAGUCUCAAGCAAAUACGCAGCAACAGGCACAGCAGUCCUCUACAACAACAACAACAACAUCAGUUAGCAAUGCUGGGCAGACUCAGACCGCAGUAACAGGUGGAACUGCAUCGGUAUCAACAGCCACACAGCAGCCAAGCACCUACACUAUACCGGGCACCAACUUGCAAAUACCAACAUCGGUGGCAGCGGCAAAUGGUUUGCUGGGAAAUCUGUCAAAUAUAUCGAAUUUGUUAGGCGGCUCCUCACUUAAGCUGGAAAAUGGUCAAACGCUUCAAAAUAUACAACUGCGUCCGUCACCCCAACUUGUACAGUUUCCGCAGCCGGCCCCUGCACCGGCACCACCAACUAUGCAACAAACUGUGGCUGUGCAGAUCCCUGUGCAAACUGCUGGUGGGCAAACGAUCUACCAAACUGUUCAUGUGCCUGUGCAGGCUGCAACUCCCAAUUUAAUGCAGGCGGCACAGUCCAUGCCACUGCACACACAACUUGCCCAGACAUCAGGGCAAAUGCAAAUUAUACAUCCUCAGUUUACUCAGAUCGCACAAAUAGUUACACCAAAUGGUCAGAUUCAGCAAGUGCAGCUUGCUCCGUUAAAUGCACUUCCGUACCCCCAACUGCCGGCUAACGCAAACAUAAUCCACAUACAGAAUCAUCCCCACCAGGCGCAGCAGCAGCACAUUGUGCAACAACAGCAGCAACAGGCGCAACAACAUCAGCAGUUGAUCACUGCCAUAAAUGAGAUUCCCACAAACCAGCCCAUAACCAUUACCAAUGCCCAGGGACAGCAACUAACGGUAAUUCCCGCCCAGCAAAUGCAGCAAUUGCGUGGUAAUCCGCAACAGCUGAUGCAGUUGCCAAACAUCCAAGCGUUGCCCAUACAAAAUAUUCCGGGGCUAGGACAAGUGCAAAUCAUACAGGCCAAUCAGCUACCACCAUCCAAUCUGCCCGCUAAUUUUUCACAGGUGAUCACUCAACUCCCCAUGUCACAAGCCCCAGUCGCGGGUGUUCCAUCUACAAGCGCGGGUCAGCCAGCUUCCCAAAUGUCCUCUAAUCCUCCACCACCAACGCCCAUUUCCGUCCUGCCAAAGCAGGAACCUCAGAGCCCAAACAAUCAACUUAUUACAAACAUCAAACAAGAACCACCAGAUUCAAGUGUGACAACGGCAUCCGUUUCAUUACCCACCGCCUCGCCCGUAAGCUCAAAUUCACAGCAGCUUCAGACGCAACAGCAGCCUAUUAAGUUUAUUGUGCCUAACACGCAGCAUCAGUUGCAAGCGCAGGUACAGCAGCAGCAGCAGCAGCAACUUGUGCCCACUAUAGUGGGAGAUGGCAGCACAUCACUUUCCACGGUUACAAUUCCGGCUUCAAUACAGAUUACAGCCUUACCAUCCGGAGGCAACGUGUCCGCACCGUCAGUAGCACGGCUAACACCCAAGGUCGUCAACUCCAUGAGCAGCAGCUCUAACAGCACUCAAAUCAGCAUAGCGCCCCCCGUUCAGAGUGGAGGUCAAAUGGUGGCCACAGUGGUCACAGCGCCUACGAGAUCCUCAACAACUAUUCGUAGCUCUGUGGCGACUGCACCCAUCGCACAAACAACCACAUCCGUGAAUGUCAAUAUCAAUGUGAAUGAUAACUCUGGAGUGGGAGGCGCUGGAAGCGUUGGCCCAAUGGAAAUUAAGCCGCGAUUAAAGCGAGUAGCCUGUACAUGUCCAAAUUGCACUGAUGGCGAGAAACAUUCCGAUCGUAAGCGUCAGCACAUUUGUCAUAUUCCAGGCUGCCAGAAGGUCUAUGGAAAGACCUCACAUUUGCGUGCCCACUUACGAUGGCAUACGGGGGAGCGCCCCUUUGUUUGCUCCUGGGUUUUUUGCGGAAAGCGCUUCACCCGCUCUGACGAACUGCAGCGCCAUAGGCGCACGCACACCGGUGAAAAGAAGUUCCAGUGUCGCGAAUGCAACAAAAAAUUCAUGCGCAGCGACCACUUGUCCAAGCACAUCAAAACACACUUUAAGACGCGUUCCGGCGUGGAACUCAUAGAGCUCAACAUUAAACAAGAGCAGAAGCUGGCUAAUGCGCCAAAGAGUAUAAAUACGAUGAGCGGAAUUGUAACCAUUGAAAUACCAGGAGCAACCGGAGCCGGUGGUGGUGCAGGUGGUGGUAGCGCAGCAUCAAGCGUCGCAGCAACAGUUGCUGGAUCAACUAUGACGGCGGUGCCUGGUGGAGCUACUAUUGUCCAGCUGCCUGCUGAAAUAGGUGUUGGGGAUCACGAUUUGGGCGCCUCCACAGACAGUUUUGGCGAAGAUGACGACAUAGAGGAUGACGAGGGAGAAACAGAAGAAGACGAGGAUGAGCUGGAUGAUGAUGACGAGGACAGCGGUGAUGAAGAAAAAAUGACUAUUUCAGUGAGCGAAUUUGGAGACAACUCGUCCAACUAGCAUUCAGAGUCGCUGUUCAUGGAACAGUUUAUGUUUGAUCACUUUCCAUAGCCUUCCGCUCACAGAGGCGAUAAGCUUAGCUAAAAUUAUUUACCCGGUCAGGCCUUAAAACAUUUUGGCAAAAGAUUCUGCAAUUUGAAUCUGACCUUCAAGUGAAUGCUCUGAGUGUCUAUUUAGUGUUCAUCUGUACAUAUGUGUAUGUAUUUUUCAAGUGUAUAUAAAUCUGGUGUAGAGUUUAGAGUACGAUUUUAAAGUUUAUUAUAAUUCGGCAGCAAGCAUAUAGUAAUAAAUGCGAUUUUAACUAGAUGUAAAGUUUAUAAGCCAUUUUUAUACAAAUCUCAUGCGAACAAUUACAAAAACAAAACAUUUAAAUUAUAAUUAUUGGCACAUUUGUGAAUAAAUAAACUUUUCAAUUUUGAUGUUCAA